AUGAACCGAGCUCUGCUAAGAAACCUCUCUCCUCACGCUCGCAAUCUUCUCUCUCCUCCUUCUUUAACAUACAAACCAAGACCCAUUGGUAUCACUGCAAUACCAUUUUAUCUCUCUUCAGCUUCUCCAAAAAUCCGUUUUUUCUCAUCUUUUGAAAAUGAACCUAACCCUAACCCCAGUCCUGAAACGAGCUUGGCCCAGCCCCAGAACAAAGAACUUCCUGUCGAUGUUGAAGACGUCAGCAAUAAAGAGCUGAAAAUGAAGAUAGAAGAUUACUUCAAGGGCAACGAGGAGGCACUGCCUUCCAUCCUUGAAGCAAUUUUAAGGAGGAAAUUGGCGGGAAAGCAUGAAGAGACAGAUGAUGAGGUGAUGGAAGAACUUCGGAUGAAGCCAUUGGAUGAUGUUAAUGACAAAGAGUUCGAGUCGGAUUUUGAGGAGGCUCAUGAGACUGACGAAGAAAUUGAUGAUCUGUAUAAUGCAAGGGAUAUUGUGAUGAAGAGAAUGAUAAAGGAUGAGUUCUUCAAUAUGGAUGACAAAAAGUGGGAUGGUAUGAUCAAGGAGGCAGUUGAGCAUGGGUAUCUUAAGGAUACAAAGGAGUGUGAGGAAAUUCUAGAGGAUAUGCUUAGCUGGGAGAAGCUCCUCCCAGGUAUGUUCUUGUCUUUAAAUUUCUUUAUCAAUGCUAUUGAGUAG